GAAAGCAAUAGAAGAGCUGCUUAAAGAGGCAAAACGUGGGAAAACGAGAGCAGAAACGAUGGGUCCGAUGGGUUGGAUGAAGUGUCCUCUUGCUGGCACAAAUAAAAGAUUUCUAAUUAACACAAUUAAGAACACACUGCCCUCCCAUAAAGAGCAAGACCACGAACAAAAAGAAGGCAGCGAGGAGCCUCCGAAAAGCCAGACCCAGAAAGAAGAGAACCGGAAGCAGCACAGAGGCCACCCUUACAAGCACGGCUUCCCGGCCCGAGGCCCCGGCCGCCACUCACCCCCCAGGAAGCGGGGCGGCCACGACAAGUAUGAAAAGCGGUCAAGCAGGCGAUGAGGCAGGCCUGGGGGACGAGCCACAGGUGCUGUUCGCCCCGGACUGGUGCUGUGCAGGGGUUGCUGAGGACAGGCCUGGAGCUGGCAGAGCAAACAUCUGGGAGCGAUUCGUGACAAGCAGAAAACGACCUAGGAACUCUUCAGGGACAUUAUGAGUGCAAAGGGGCUUGCUCGGAAGAGUCUUGGCAAGUUAAGCUCCUCGGGCAGUGUAGCGUACAUAUGUGUCGUUUCUGUUCUAUCUUGUUUAGAAGUUGGUUUCAAAAUAAAACUAGAACGUAAAGGUUUUCAGAGACCGUUAAAACCGGUUCCAGUUUUUCUGAUGUGUUGCAAUGGUGGCCAUGUCUCAAAAAUUCUCAAAAAAAAAUGAGCUACUCGUAAAUCCCACGCUUUCCCUUUUUGGGUGACAAGUUUGGAAUUUAGAAAUCAUCAGGCCAGGAGUCAUAUUUAAGGAAAGGGCUGGGAAUCUACCAAGAAACGUUUGGAUGCUCAGCUUUGUUUUCCUUAAGUGAACAAUCUAGGAAAUUCUCAAAGUGGCUUUGAAUCUAGUGCUCCGUGUCAAUAAGCGAAGGUUAAAAAUUGGCUCUUGUUCCUCGUGCGUUCUCAAACUCAUUCCCGAGAUAGAACGAUUUUUCUACAUUUAAUUUUUUUGAAUAUGUAAGUUUUAAGUGGUGCUUUUAAAAGAAUCUCCAGAAGUUAAAAUGAACAUAAUUAUUUUACUGCUAUGUCUUAUUUAGCUAAAGACCUGUGAUACCACUUUAGUGUAUUUGUUUCAGAAAUCUUCACUUUAAAUAAAAAAUGUGUUUACUAUGC